CCUCGAACAUAAGCUAGAUAUAUAAAAGGUUGAUAGAGAACGAAACUUUAAGGUGUUCCAGCGAGAGGUAAGCAGAACAGGGGGAGAAAACCGACUCCCUUGGACGUUCUUGUCUUGGUUAUUCAUACACAAUUUAAUAUAGCCCAAAGUGAACUACACUGUAUUAUAAAAGUGAAAGUUUAUGAAACACUUGCAUUCUAAAUGGCUAAGGGCUACAUUUUUCUAUAGCUUCACAAGUGUUUUUAAUUUGGGAUAUUUCGCGUUUAAAAUGGCCAUUUGACCUUAGGCGUUAUGUGGUCAGUGCUGCUCUCAACUUUAAUAUGGGCCUUUACAAGUUAAAAGCAAACCGCCUUAGGUCGUUUUGUAUUCAGCUGUGUAUUAUCAUUUAAUUCACCUCAAAUUGCACAUUUUGCCUUGCAAGGUCAUAAGGGAAAAUUAUGUUAUAAUUGAUAGAGUAAAAACAACUAAAAGCUGCCCACCGCAAUAUUUUGACAGCGUUGAAAUGUUUACAAGUUGACAUUUGCUUUUUCACGGUCUGUAAAUCCUAAGCAGGGCUUCCCUACCGAAAUGGCGAAGCAGUAUUUUCCUUUUAAUAUUUUAAUUUUAUUAUUUUAGUAUUAGUUUGUCUGGGUUUGCAAAAAAAAAUAAAUAAAAGAAACUGUGCCCUUCGUUAAGCAUUCCUUACCGAGAGGCAGUAGUUUCUUUGAAACUGUUUACUCUUCAGCGACUCUUUGUGGUUGGCCAACGUAUACUCAUGAUACCUGAUAGUUAACUAUUUAAAGAAGGAUUUCGGUGGUACUGUUUUUUCAAGUUAUGCUGUGCAAGGAAUUUCUAAAUUCUCGGUAGUGGAAAAACGGGAGCUCUUGGAUGUGUUGAAUCCAUUUUUUGAUCUAAGUAAAACUGUCAAAAAAGACUCGGGAACUUGGUUAGUGUGCUCAUUAUAUUCACAAAAUUACAGUAAUGUUCCCACCUCCACUCUGGCGUUUAAUUAAAACUCCUAUUUGCUUUCUAACGCAUACAGACUUCAAAUUUUCUCAAAACAGUCAUUUACCAAAUGGCAAUUGGAGAUGAUAAAUCACCAAGGUCAUUCGUUAACUAAAACAGUCGGGCAGAAAAGCACCUUUUCAUCCAACUUCAGCGUGAAAUUCUGAUUAUAAAAUUUUACUCAAUCCUUAUACUUCCUGGGUGAAUAUAAUGGUAAAGUUACGUGAGGUGAUGUUUGAACACUCAAAUAAAACUUCUUUGCCAGUACUUUCACACGAUGCUAUUUUUUUCAGUAUUUUAUUAAAUAGCAUUUGAAAUUUCUGUCAAGUUUUAUACUUGAUCCAAAUUUGGAAGUAAAAGUGCUUAAGGGAAUUUUUCGAUUUUGGUCGUCGUGUUGGCAACAUUUCCUUCAUAUUCACAGUACCUCUUCGGCGAUGCCAAAUAUCCGACCUUUGUAAUGCAAAGUGGAAAUCGUUAUUUUCAGUGCGAUUCCGAAUAAUUUUUUCAUGAAUGAUUUCAGUUCUCAAAGGAAAAGAAAGACAUUAACUAUUGGCAUUCGCACUCUCUUUUUUUAUCUUUGCACUCUUAAAACCAGUCAGAUAUCCGCAAACGUAUUCUCCACUUCGUUUCUCACACGUUUUCUAUAGUACUGGUGAUGAGAAUUUAAUGUUUAGCGUUCAUAGCCUUUUUUACUUGUUGAUCAUUUCGCGUCUUCUCACGACCUUUAUCUUCAUAUUGGUCUCUCUCAGGAGUUAAUGUAAUUAAUCUAAUCGUUUUUCCCGCUGAUCCGGCAAAUACCGAAAACUUCUCAGACACUACCCUGCUGAAAAAAUUUUCCUUUAGUUAAGGCUAGACUGCUCCCACCCCUCCCCCUCCCCCGGCGACGGCUACGAAAACGUCACUUAUAAAGUCCAUCUCGUUCAAUUCGUCAAAGGCUGGCAAAUUUUUUGGAGUUCAAUUCUAAAGGACUAUUUCAUAGUUUAGGGAAAAAAAGAAAGUUGUUGUCUUGUGUUCCCGUCCUCGACGAAACGUGAAAUUAGGCACUUUAACGUUGUAGUCGUGCAACGACGACUAAGAAAUGUACAAAGAAAGCGUGAUGCACGUGCAGAGUUGUUGUUUUGCUAAUCUAAACCUAUUCUUUUUUGCUGUUCUCGUUGCCGUUGUCGUCGUCGUUGCUGAAGCUCUCCAUUGUUCCUCUGCGAGUUAAGUCUCGUUCGAUCUUGCGGACUGUUGGCAGUCCCCUAUUUUUCCGUAAGAUCGUCUAGAUCGAGCGCUUACUAUACCGUCAUUGGCAGCCAUUUUGUCAUUAGAUUUAAAUUAAAUGUACCGAAGGGUUCACAGCGGUGGGGGAAAUUUCUAUUUUUCUCGCGUCCUCUCAAACCGUUUCCCGCCCCUAAGUAGAUUAGGUAUCUUCUUCGAUCAAGCUAGACUCGGUCAAGAUGGCCGCCGCCUGUAGCGCUCGUUCUCGGUGAUCUUAUCAAAAUAGGGGAAUCUGAACAGUUUAUCGCUCUUCUUAUCCUCUUUUCCGACUUAUCUAGGAAAGAUCAAAGCGACUCUGCCAGCAGGGUAGGUUCUCGGGUAAUUUGGCCUGAAAAUUUAAUGUACCUUUGAACUGGUCGCCAACAAAUUUUGAUAGCGAUUUUGAUUCAUUUUUCAGGUUGAAUGCAAGCCAUACAGUACCAUGUUUUGGGUACGGUUACGGUUCCUUUUGCGCUUUUUUGUCGCUUUUGUGCUUCUAAUCGGAGUUCUAUCCAUAUUCAUGGUUUUUAAAAGCCAAAUUGUAAUUCCUAAUGCCCUGGUUCAUGAACUGAUGAAGGAUGCCAAAUACCAGCAGCCAUGUCCCUGUACAAAUCCGAUCAUUUCCACCGACCGUAUACGAACUGUUGCCGAACAUGUCAGACGAAUCGCCGAAGACACUGGGAAGGAACCGUUACCAGAAAUAAACACGGAACGCUACUCGACCAGGAAAACAGACAAAAGGCGAAGCUUGGUUAUUUUCGGAGAUGAUCGCUCGGGUACAACUUUUCUGACGCGCCUUUUUAGCGAAGACCCACAAAUAUUUUCUGUGUAUGAACCGCUCUGGAUCACACGAGACUGGACGAGAGAUGAAAAGGGUAGGAACUUGACAGCGGAUGUUAACAAUGUUAUAAGCGCAAUCAUGAGUUGCCAUUUCGCUAGCAAUCCAACCGCGCUAAAAUUCCUGGAGAAAACCGCGAAAAAGUGGGCUCCUGGAUUGUUCAAGAAUCCUUUUCAAUCUUUUCCAAUAUGUAGCAAGAGUGCUAAAGGAAAGAUGUCUUGUCCCAACCCAUCAACAGUGCCGAAACUUGUUGAACAAACUUGUUCUGAUUAUUACAAACACAGUGUCACGAAGGUUGCCAUUGUACGCGUCCCUGACCGAAAGCUGUCCAGCAUUUUCCCCAAAAUAAUUCAUGAUAAUCCUGACACUGAAAUCAAGGUCUUGCACGUUGUUCGCGAUCCACGCGGAAGCAUCAACUCUCGCAUUAAUCUCCAGUGGAUUGGCGACCACCAGAACGAAAAUUUCUUCUUCAUACCGCGUUCAACGUGCGAGGGCAUCACGCAGAACGUGAAGUUCGGUAAAAGCCUCCAAGGUAGCUUAAAAGAACACUACAAGCUCUUGCGAUACCAAGAUAUCGCUUCAUUUCCGGUGAAAACUGCUCAGGAGAUUUACAAAUUUGCUGGGUUUGAAAUGCCGGAAAAUUUAAUUCGAUGGAUUGUUCAAGCUACAAAUCCGAGCAAGGAAGCUCUGGAACAGGAAUCCAAAAAGGCUUUCUCUUCCGUGCGAAAUGCCACAGCAAAUGUCGAAAAAUGGAGGAAAGAAUCCCCGAUAGAACGAAUUCGCAUUAUCGAGAAAGAAUGUAGUGAACUGUUCGAUUUACUUGGAUUAGAGAGACUAACUUAGGUUAAUAUUAAACGCGAGGCGUGCCGGGCGUGUAGCCCGCGCUAAGUGUGCGACUAUUUUCGCGAGGAUUAGUGGGCGCGCCACUCGUGCUCAGCUGUCGCGGUGGCGAUGAAUGAACUAAAGUGAAAAUAAAUGGGACAAAAACAUGGUUAGGGCGUGACAAAAACAAGAGAUC